CCGUGAGCGUCUUUCCCUCGGCCCUCCUCGCCGUGGAGGAGAAGAUGGUGGGCCAGUGAGCCGGCCGUGCUUCGGGUUGCCCGAGGGGGGAUGACGUAGCCUUGUGAGGAUUUAUCAGCUAAGCAGAAAAUGAGCUUAACAUCUUGGUUUUUGGUGAGCAGUGGAGGCACCCGCCAUAGGCUGCCACGAGAGAUGAUUUUUGUCGGAAGAGAUGACUGUGAGCUGAUGUUGCAGUCUCGUAGUGUGGACAAACAGCAUGCCGUAGUCAACUAUGAUGCCUCUACUGAUGAACACUUGGUGAAGGAUUUAGGCAGUCUAAAUGGGACAUUUGUGAAUGAUGUGCGGAUUCCAGAACAGACUUACAUCACCCUAAAACUUGAUGAUAAAUUAAGAUUUGGAUAUGAUACCAAUCUUUUUACUGUUGUCAGAGGAGAGAUGAGAGUCCCAGAAGAAGCACUUAAGCACGAGAAGUUUACAAGUCAACUGCAGUUAUCCCAAAAAUCCUCAGAGGCAGAAGGAUCAAAGCUAAGCAGUGCCAAAGCUGCAGAGCCAAAGGUACACGACACCAUUGCUGAAGUGCACCACAAAGCUAUUGACGCACUGAAAGCUGAAGAGAAAUCUGCAGAUCUUUCUGCCAUGCCUCGGGGUACACCAUUAUAUGGGCAACCAUCAUGGUGGGGUGAUGAUGAAGCUGAAGAACACAAUGGUUACAAACAAGAUAAUAAACCUGAAGAGAAAAUACACGAAACUGGAAUUUUAGGAUGCAGCACAGAUGGCAAGCAAGCUGAGGAGCAAUCUGCAGCUGCAAGUGAAGAAGAGCCUUAUCCUUUCUGUAGGGAACCAAGUUAUUUUGAAAUCCCUACAAAGGAAUUCCAGCAACAUUCACAAAUACCUGAGGGGGCUAUUCAUGAAAUCCCAACCAAAGACACACACAUAGCAGGGGCAGGGCAUGCUUCAUUUACUAUUGAAUUUGAUGACAGCACUCCAGGAAAAGUAACCAUCAGAGAUCAUGUCACAAAAUUCACUCCAGAUCAGCGCCACAAAUCUAAGAAGCCUUCUCCUUCUGGUGCUCAGGAUCUUCCUGGGCUUCAAACUGUGAUGAUGGCACCGGAGAGUAAAGUGGCAAACUGGUUAGCACAAAACAAUCCCCCAACAAUGAUCUGGGAAGCAACAGAAGAAGAUUCAAAAAGUAUUAAGAGUGACGUUCCAGUCUACUUGAAGAGACUGAAAGGAAAUAAACAUGAUGAUGGGACCCAGAGUGAUUCAGAAAAUGCUGGGGUACACAAGCAUUACAGUAAACGGGCAGCACUUGAAGACCAGCUAAGGCAUCAUUAUACAGAACAGAAAAAACUGCACAACAAAGCCCAGGAGACAGAGAAACAUUCAGACCAACCUGCUGCCAGUCAGACUGCCUUUAUGAUUGAGUUUUUUGAUGAAGGCCAUCCUCGGAAGAGGAGAUCAUAUUCCUUUUCUCAAAAUGCGGGAGCUUUGUGCCCUGAAGCCCCUUCUUCAGCACCCCAUGCAAGAACUGAAAAAGUAAGACCUGCAUCAGGUGACUCUAAAGGGUGUUCAUCGCCUUUACAAAAUAGCUCCACUCAGCAAAGAUCAGUACAUGCAAAACUUCUAAAGCAAAAAUCGGAGGAACCUUCUGCUGCGUUACCUUUCUUACAAACUGCAUUGUUAAGAAGUUCUGGAAGCCUUGGGCACAGACCAAGUUCAAACGAGGACAUGGAGAAAAAGUUAAAAAGCCAUUUGGUUUCAGUGACUGUUGAAAAGGAUGAUGAUGACCAAAGUGAUAAAGGUACUUAUACUAUUGAACUGGAAAAUCCCAAUACUGAGGAAGUAGAAGCUCGCAAGAUGAUUGAUAAGGUUUUUGGAGUGGAUGACAGCCAAGAUUAUAAUAGGCCUGUUAUCAACGAGAGCCAAAAAGAUUUAGUAAAAGAUUGGGCUAUAAAUUCUGCUACACUAGUGCUGGAAGAAAAAAGACCACUGAGUACAACUGGAUAUCUUGACACAGAGGAAAGCACUGGUACGUCUGGAAGCAAACGCUGGGUGUCACAGUGGGCUAGUCUGGCUGCUAAUCAUACAAAACAUGAAGAAAGUGAAGUACGGAUGGAAUCAUCUGCUCCAGCUCCUCUAGAAAAUGAUACUGACAUCAGUGAAUCUGGCCUAUCAGUUAGAAGUGCUGGCUCAGCUGCCUCUUUGACCAGCCAAGGAGAUCGAAGGAGGCGAACACUUCCACAGUUGCCGAAGGAGGAAAAUGUCACAGAAGGACAAAGAACAAAAGUUGUAGCCCAUCAGAGAUCAGAGAUAGGUGAAAAACAAGACACAGAACUUCAAGAGAAAGAAACUCCAACUCAUACUCAGAAAGAAAUAGGACAAGCUGCUGAUAAAAGCCUGACUAAAGCAAGCAGGGCAAUGAAUGGCCUUUCUUCUAAAGCAGACAAGACAUUUUUUCACUCCAACAGUGGCUUCUCCUCUGGCAAAGAAAAAUGUGAAACUGGAAGGGAAACAUCAGUGGUAAAGCAAGCUUUAGCUAAAAUUCACCAGCAGGAACAAAAUGAGCUAACACAUUGGAUUCCCACUAAAUUGACUUCAGCAAAAACUUCAAACCAAGCUGAACGAGGAAGAGAAGAAAUUUCUCCUUCCCUUAAAACAGAUAAUAAAGAAAAGGCAUCAGGACGCGGUGCAGGCAAAGUUGAAACUAAAGUGGUGCAAAGUGAAGGGAAAAGAAGGAAAGCAGAAGAAACAUCAAAAUGUCAAACUACAAAAGGAUUUAGUGGGGAUAAGAAAGAAACAUCAAAGCCAUUAGUGAGACAAGGCAGUUUUACUAUAGAUAAACCAAGCGCAAAUAUACCUAUAGAGCUAAUCCCUCAUAUUAAUAAACAGACAGGAAAUACUCCACCAUCAUUUUCUUUAACAUCCACCAACAGAAUAAGUGAGAAAAGUGAUUCAGUGGAAACUGAUUCCAGUCUUGAUACAACACUUAUUUUAAAAGACACAGAAGCUGUAAUGGCUUUUCUUGAAGCUAAGCUGCGUGAAGAAAAUAAAACAGAUGAAGGACCUGACACGCCCAGCUAUAACAGAGAUAAUUCUAUUUCACCUGAAUCUGAUGUGGAUACCGCUAGUACAAUUAGUUUAGUUACUGGAGACAGUGAAAGAAAACAAACUCAGAAACGAAAAAGCUUUACCACCCUCUACAAAGAUAGGUGUUCCACUGGUUCUCCUUCAAAGGAUGUUUUAAAGUCCUCUUCUACAAGUGCUAGAGACAAAAUUGAAAAGAAAACAAAAAGCCGUUCUUCAGAAGCCAGUUCAAGAGGCGAAGCACGCAAGAUUGUGCAGAGCAGUGGAAGAAUAAGGCAACCUUCAGUGGAUUUAACAGAUGAUGACCAAACUUCUAGUGUACCUCAUUCUGCCAUUUCUGAUAUUUUAUCUUCUGACCAGGAAACAUGCUCAGGCAAAUCACAUGGAAGGACUCCCUUCACCUCAGCAGAUGAACAUUUGCAUUCCAAAACAGAAGGUAUCAAAUCAGCUAAGUUGAAGUCCUCUCCAGCAUCAACUGGGCAAUCUAGUAAAUCUACUACACUUCCAAGGCCUCGCCCAACAAGGACUUCUCUUUUACGUAGAGCACGACUUGGUGAAGUAUCAGAUAGUGAACUUGCAGACGCAGAUAAAGCAUCGGUGGCUUCUGAAGUGUCUACUACAAGUUCUACAUCUAAGCCCCCAUCAGGAAGGAGAAAUAUUUCAAGAAUUGACCUGCUUGCUCAGCCUCGUAGAAAUAGGCUUGGUUCUUUAUCAGCAAGAAGUGACUCUGAAGCAACGAUAACUAGAAGCACAACAUCAUCUCGUACUCCAGAAGCCAUAAUUAGAAGUGGCAUUAGACUAACACCACCAGCAGAUAGUACUAAAGUUUCUCCUAGAAUUAGAGCUAACAGUAUUUCUCGCCUAUCGGACUCCAAAUCUAAGUCUCUGUCUUCAGCCCAUAAUUCUCCAUCAGUAAAUUCAAGAUGGAGGCGGUUUCCUACUGAUUACGCUUCCACCUCGGAAGAUGAAUUUGGAUCAAACCGUAACUCUCCUAAACAUGCCCGUCUACGUACUUCUCCAGCCCUGAAAACUACUCGAUUGCAGAGCACAGGAACACCAACGCAAGCUAGCAAUAUCUUCAAGCAUAGGAUAAAGGAACAGGAAGACUACAUUCGCGAUUGGACUGCUCAUCGAGAAGAAAUAGCGAGGAUCAGUCAGGACCUGGCUCUCAUCGCACGGGAAAUCAAUGAUGUAGCAGGAGAGAUAGAUUCGGUGACUUCAUCAGGCACUGCGCCUAGUACCACAGUAAGCACUGCUGCCACCACCCCUGGCUCUGCCAUAGACACUAGAGAAGAGCUAGUUGACCGUGUAUUUGAUGAAAGUCUAAACUUCAGGAAGAUUCCUCCAGUAGUAAAUGCUAAAACACCAGAUGGGAAUACUCGGCCUAAUGAUCCCAAACCACAGCCAGCAGAUAUACCCGAGCCCCCCACAAUUACACGUCGUCGAACCUGGAGUCGGGAUGAAGUUAUGGGAGAUACCUUGCUGUUGUCCUCAGUCUUCCAGUUUUCCCGGAAAAUUCGACAAUCUAUAGAUAAAACAGCCGGUAAAAUCAGAAUAUUAUUUAAGGACAAAGAUCGGAAUUGGGAAGACAUUGAAAAGAAACUACGAGCUGAAAGUGAUAUCCCUAUUGUGAAAACUUCAAGCAUGGAAAUAUCAUCAAUAUUGCAAGAACUGAAGAGAGUUGAGAAACAGCUUCAAGUGAUAAAUUCAAUGAUUGACCCUGACGGAACAUUGGAUGCUCUGAGCAAUUUGGGAUUCGCUGCCCCUGUCCAGGCAACUCAACCUAAACAGAAGCCCAGCCCUGUUUCUCAAAGUGCCCAUCCUCAGAUACAGUCAAAUUGUCAGCCAGAAGCAAGGGCUGUUCGACCAGCCAUCGCCUCUGCUUCAAGUGAACUUGGCAAUGUUGAAUCUGAGCAUGAUUUCAGUAUACAUUUUAAUAGGUUCAAUCCAGAUGGAGAAGAGGAAGAUCCAACUUUGCGUGAAUGAUAUAAAUGUUAACAGUACCUUUAAUAUUGAAUGUGCAGAAUUUAAUGAGAGUCAUACCAUUGUUCAAAGAGUUAAAAAGCUUGGUAAAAUUGCCAUUGCUUUAUUAUACCAACUACUUAACUGUGAUGUUUUUGAUGUCACACACCACUUGACUCAUUAAGGUAAACAUUGGUACUGACAUAGAAAUGCAGUUUGUGGUAAUUUUAUGGGCUUUCCAAGCACUUACUUUGAAUCGUUUCCUCCAUAGUUUAAUUAAUUUAAGCAGACUGCAAGCAGGUGAAAGUGCAUCACUAUUAAGCUUCUAAAUCUCCUGUGCCAAGCUGAUCUGUAAUUGAGCCUGUUUACUUAAAUUUGUAUAAAAUGACCGAUCACUUAAAUUUGAUUCUGAAUAAAGGGAUCUAAAUUAAGGCAUAUUGCAUUUUAAUACCAUGUGACACUACAAUACAAGGAAAAGCAAGUUUUCCAAUACAUCCAUUGUUGCAUACUAAAGAUUUCAAACCAUUGUGAUUUAUAUAGCUUCAUUGCUAUGUACAUUGUCUUGGAGUUUACAAAGCUCAAAUAUUAUGUUUGCACUAAGAAUUUGCUAGAGUGGAAGAUGAACAUAUCAACAUCCAAAGGGGCUAAUCAUUUUGUACUUAGAAAAGAGGUCAUAACAAUCCCUUAAAAGACACAGUGGUGUGAGUCCCCUUUUCAAAAGGAUCCAUUUGGCUGUUGCUGAUCCUGUUCAAUAUGUCUUCUUGAUGUUGAUGAAAAGUAAAUGUCAUAUCACUUCUGUCCAGACGUUCAGAACUAUGAAACCAGUUUAAAUGUAUAGCUAUGUAAGUCUAUUGCUUGAAAACUUUUCUCAUGUUGUAUCACCAAGGUCAAACAUAAAAUACAUUUAUAAGUGCUCCUUGAGAUGAUCAUGAGUUGUAAAAUUUUCUUCAGAAAAUUUGGAGGUAGUGUAGUAAUAAUCUGGUCCAUAGACUGACUCCAGACAUACAAAUUGCUCUUGUUUUCCUGUAGAGGCUCUCUAGUAAGACUGUCUUAUACAUUUAUAAGAAUUUCUGAAAGACAAGUGCUAACAUAGGCCUUUUGCUUAUAUUACUUAACAGCAAAUCUAUUAAAAUAUCCCAUAUAAGCCUAUUUAUCUUUAAAGUUGUCCCAGUAACUUAACAUUUGGAAGUAAUAAUAAAAAGUUAACAACUGUGUAUUUCCAGAACACUGUAAUUUCAAGAACGUCUGUUAAAUGCAACUAAUAACUGGAAUUUUCUUAUGUUUUUGCAUCAGUCUAUAUAUUAGGGUUACAAAUACAACUUCGACGCUUUUAUGAAAUGGUCUUUAAUAUUUCAGCAAUAAUCUUAUGUGUCACUUGUUUAACAUACUUUUUUCCUGUACAUUUUUAAACUAUACAGGAUUUUGGAAGUUAUUGCAACGUUUGACCAAUUAAAUAUACAUUUUUUGUAGAGAUAUAAAAAUAAAAAGCCCAAUAAUCCUGUUGUAUAUUGGAUUCAAUGUUGUUGCUUUACAAUUAAAAACUGCCUCCUGUCAAACUCUGUAUACCUCUCUCUAUUAACAGAGGCCAGGAAAACACUUGUUUACAGGUGCAGUCAAAGUUUAAACUGGUGUACAACAAAAUAUAUUGAAAGCAGUGACAAGGUUUUGGCCAUCUUCAUUCCUUCUUUUCUUUUCAGUGCUUGGGAGAAGAACCACAAACACACAAGUAUGGGAAAAUGUGUAUGGAGAAAAAAACCAUUUAGGCUCUUCACACAAUUCUUUUUGUGUUUUUUCAGAUGUUUACACCCUUUGUGUUCUGUAAUAAAUGUUUGCAUUUACAAUGUUCUUAUUUGUAUGGACACAUACUCCUUAUUUAUUUUUUGUUACAUUUAUUAUGUAUGUUGUUACAAGCAUUUACAGCUCCAUUUUUAAAUAAAGUGUUUCUGGAACUUUAUACAAUAAUUUGAUAUUGAUGUGUGAUUACCUGUGUGAACCAGUGUUCAUGAUGUGUCUUGAAUCAAC